AUGAGCUCCGCGUUUACAAAUCGGAGAAAGCCUCGCAAGGUUGGCGGGGAUGAUGAAGAAAAUGACAGCAGCGAACAAGAGCCGGUUGUCAAGAGGCCGAAUCCCACGAAAUCAAAACAGAAGUCGAAACUUCGGUUAUCCUUCGGGCCCGGUGAGACGUCCAUGACAGAUGAUGGCGGGCAGGAAAGCGAAGUUGUCCUGCCGAAACGGCAUGGGUUAGGAAGGCGAGCAUUGGAAAAGAGUGCUCUUCAAAGGGCAGGGAAACCGCCUGGACUAGGCGAUCAGCUUCCCAUGAGGUUCGGACCAGAGCAGGAUCGGCCCAACUACAGCGAGGAUUAUCUAAAAGAGCUCCGGGAUUCGACACCGUCGACGCCUAAAACAACUACGGAUGACGAGAAGGAUAAGACAAUCGAUGUAGCUGCGAAGUUUGGUGAGGUGAUGAAGGUAACUGCACCUUCGGCCAUCCCGAGCGAAGCGGAGAUCAGGGAAAAGAAAGCUCGCAGAGCCCGCUUAGCCAAGGAACAGGCCUACGGCACUGAAGAGCAGGAUUUCAUCUCUCUGGAGGACAACAUGAGCGACGAGGAAUGGGGCCUUGCAAAGACCGAAAAAGAGGACAUGCGGGAUACCAGGCUCAUCCGCGACGACGAAGAUUUUGCCGAGGGAUUUGACGAAUACGUGGAGGACGGUCGAAUCUCAUUGGGAAAGAAGGCAGAGCGCGAGCAGAAAAUGAAGCAGCGUGAACAGAUGCGGGAACUCAUCGAGGAUGCUGAAGGCGUUUCUGAUGAGGACGAUUCGGACCUAGAAGAGAAGGCGGCCUAUGAAGCCGCACAGACAAGGGCUGCAAUCGGCAACGGCGGCAGAGAUCAUAUUGACCGACCUAGGACUCCGCCUAAAAUGACCUCACUACCUCGUCUUUCGACAAGUCUAGAUCGAUUGCGCACGAUGCUCGCCGUCUUAGAAAAGUCAAGAACGCAGAUGAUCAACCGAAUGGAAGACCUGAGGAAGGAGAAAGCUGAUAUAGCCGUUCGAGAGGUUGAAAUCCAAGCCCUCAUUAAAGAAGCCGGUGAUAACUAUGAGAGGCUGAAACAAGAGGCCGGUCUGACACCUGGUUCUGAGGAGGAUCUGUCGACUGCUGUCGAUAUCAAGACUUCUCGCGGACUUGAAAGCUUUGGCGCUUCUGUAGCUGGCUCGGCAGGCAACUCUGAGAGCGAGUCGUGA